UUCCUGUCUCAUAGUUCUGAGUGUUUCUUUGCAUUUCCACCGCAUAAAGAGUCAGGUUGUUACGACACUGUUUGAUCUUUUCUAGAGAAUCAAGACUACAGAUGCGUGCAUCUGGGGAUACAGAUGUAGGCUAGCAAUGUAAAAUACUUAUUUUGGCUAUUAACUAUUAUUUAUUUAUACAUUUAUUUUGUUAUACAUUUAAAUGUGAUUACAGUCUAUGUUCCUGUUCAUGGUCACUAGAUGUUUAAAAUGACCGUGUCUGCAGUAUUUCUUUUUUUGGUAUUGCCUCUAACAUUAGCUGCUCAGUGUCAGCCAAAAGAUGGUGAACUAAUUAGCAAACGCUGUCCAGCAGGCUAUUUCAAAAAGCAAAUGUGCUCAGAGAACCACUUCCUAUGCAAGAAGUGUAUACAUGGCACAUACACAAAAAUUGAAAAUGAAGCUACAGAGUGUCUAUGGUGCACACCUUGUGAUCUUGGGCUGAAUCAAAUUGUUACAAAAAAUUGUACAUCUCAGAACAACCGGGAAUGCGGCUGCGGAAAUGGCUUCUACAGAGAACCCGACCGCAUUUCCAUCUUUCGCUGUGUGAACUGCAUUAAGUGCAAAAACUGCAGCACAUGCCCGGAAUGUAAAGAUAUGUGCAUAUCUUGCAAGCAUGGUCAGUACAAGCAAGACGGGAAAUGCCAGUCAUGCGCCAACAAUUACUGUGCCAAUGAAGACUGUAAAUCGUUUUGUACUAAAGAACCACCUGGAGAUUGGAUUCAGGUGCUGCUGAUCGUUCUGCCAGUUUUGCUGCUGCUGCUUUUUGUUUCUUUCCUUGUUUGCUGGACCUGUAGGAAGAGAAAACGGUGGAUCUGGAAAGAUCAAAAGAAAGUCAUCCCAAGAAAUGUGCAUAUACCUGUUCAGCCUGGUGGACCUGUUCCUACGCUGCUGCAUUUCUCGGACUUGGAAGAUGACCCUCACACAAAAGGGCCGAAGGACCCAUGGUCAGCUUUAGUGCUGUAUACCAUCAUCAAAGAGGUUCCUGUGCGUCGCUGGAAGGAGUUCUUGCGGCUGCUCGCGAUUUCUGAUGAUCAGAUGGAGCGAGUGGAGAUGGAGGCCGGACCCUGCUCAUAUAUGGAGCAGCAGUACCAGAUGCUUCGACUGUGGAGCCAGAGAAACGGGGCGGAGAUGGAGAACAUCUACUCUACACUACACUGCAUGGACCUGUCAGGCUGUGCCCAGGAUCUGCGCGAAAAGCUCCUACACCUAGAGGAGGUUUAGGUGGUUUAGACGGUUGACACGGACAUGGCCUAGAUAGAUAAGCAUGCAGUUGUCAUAUUCUACAUUUCUCACAAGGUCCUGACCUCUCAGUAGUGUUCUCAAGAAAGUUAAAAUGGUGGCAGUUGGGUGAGGUGAAUAGUUAACGGUAAACAGUUGGCUUGCCUCUACUCGCAUUAGUUUAAAUAAUUUUAGUUUAAUUGAUAAUGCAUUUCAAAGACUUCAAGUUGCUAAAAAAAAAAGUGACCCAGAUUAGGUUGCUUUGAUGGAGGCCUUCAGCUCGUCUGCAUUGUUGGGUCUGGUGUCAUGGUGAUGCCGUGGUUAUUACAGCAGGCACUGGUACUUUUGGCAGUUUGGGCAGGUGCCAAGUACUGAUGAAAAAUUAAAUCUGCCUCUCCAUAAAGCUUGUCAGCAGCGCAUACAUUGUCAGAGUUUUCAUAAAGCUCAAUUUUCUGUUGAAACCACUGUUCUAAGUUAACAUGAAAACAAAAAAUAUGGGCUUUUCUACUUAUUUUGCUGCUUAAUUUCAAAUUCAGACUUAAUACACACCAGAGUUUAUAUCUUUGUUAGUACCUGGAUUGUAUCGUAGAUUUUAGCCACACCUGUCCAUGUGUAUUUAAAUACCCACAACACAAAAAACAUUGUUUUGUAACAAUGAAUAUGAAGCCUUUCGAAAAAACGCUGAUGUUACAACACAUGCAUGUUUCUGGCUAAAUCUCAAAUACCUCAUUUCUCCCUAGAAGGGUCUUAAAUUGUAAAACAAAAAGUACAGUACAGUAUAUAGAAUGACUAAGUUACAGUAUGAUAACAGUGACAGUAACAUUGUAGUGUUUAAAGUGUGGCUAACACUUUUUUGGAAUGCUUUAGAUGCUUUGUAGAUAUUUUUCUCUAUUUUACCUCAUCCUAUCCUUAACCUGAUCCCAAAGCCUAAACCCUUGUUGUAAUCCUAACCACUCACCAGAUUAGUUUUUAAGAAUUUAAAUAUUUGUAAAUAAUCUACAGAAUCCUAUCCAAAUAUUAUUAAUUAGGUUUGGAUUUUUGAUUGUAUUGUCAAUAGUAAUCACAAGAUGUGAAGUAGUGCUUCAUGUUUGAACUAAUAAAAAAAACGAUGUAACAGUAAGUAACUAUGAUACACAAGCAAUAUUUAUCAUCAUGCACAUUAAGUCACCAUAAAAUCUAAAGGAGGUGACGAGUGUGGGAAGUUACAAGGGUCACAGUCAGUCAUGUGUGAUGAACCGUGAUACCAAUUGCUGUUCAUCCACAUAAUGAUGGGUUUUAGAAAUGACUCAGGUUUAUCAGAGUUGUGCAUCUGCUGCCACAAAUGCUGCGCUGUGGGUGAAAUACAGUAUUUGACAUUUCAAAAGUCAAGCUAGCACAUAUGUGCUUUUACCACACAUUUUUAUUCACAUUGAAAUGUACAGAAUACCUUUUUAGAGUUGAUCGUUCUUCAUACUAUAGUAUAUAGUAUUUGUUUUUUGUCUGUUCAUAUUUAAUAUGCUAUCUCACAGCAUAUUUGUUUAUACUUGAAGGUUAGGGAAGAGUAGAGUAGGCCUGUCACUAUAACUUUAUUAUUUUUUUGGAUGAUAUACUGUCCCAGAAGUUAUUGCAAUACACAAUAUUAUAAUAAUAAAGUAAUUGCAUAAUAAUACAAAUAAUGUACUCCCUUUAAACAAACAAUGAACUGUUUUGAAGUGUUUAUAGUUUAGGAGAUGUAUGCUUAUUUACCACCUCUACUCUGUGUUUAUGGAGGAGCAGUGUUUGAUGCUUUGGUUCCUGCGUGACUGGAAAACAUGCAAGAAAACACAAUGAGUUAAUUAAAACUAAGAAAAAAUCACUGUGGUCAUUUAUAGUGUGAUAAUUUGAUAAUGCAGUUAUCGUGACAGACCUAAAGUAGAGCAAUAGAGACUAUGCGUAUGCGUAUGUCUAUGGCAAGUCGUUUUAAUCUAAAAUGACCUUACUAUAAAAGUCCUUACUUAGGUCCCUAUAAUGCCAUUUUUACUACUUGAAACCGCUCUGUAAUGUUUAAUAGUAAUAUUAUCAGAUCUACAGAAGAUGGUGACUGAUAAAAGUCCAGGUCCAUAUAUUUGUAAGAUAUCUCUGAUUAAUACAAAUAUUCAUGUACGAUAACUCUGAUGUAGUCUUGACUUGUUCUAAUGUGUAUUUAGGAUAUGUGCAGUGUAGCUAUGUACUACAGUGGUGUGAAUAAGUGUUUGCCCCCUUCCUGAUUUCCUGAUUUUUUGCAUGUUUGUCACACUUAAAUGUUUCGGAAUAUCAAACCAAUUUAAAUAUUAGUCAAAGACAACACAGGUAAACACAAAAUGCUAUUUUAAAAUGAAGGUGUUUAUUAUUAAGGGAGAAAAAAAAUCCAAACCUACAUGGCCCUGUGUGAAAAAGUGAUUGCCCCCUAAACCUAAUAGCUGUUCUGGCCACACAUUUAGCAGCAACAACUGCAACCAAGCGUUUGCGAUAACUUGCAAUGAGUUUUACACUUUUUUUGGCUCCACUCAUCUUUGCAGAAUUGUUGUAAUUCAGCCACAUUCGAGGGUUUUCGAGCAUUAACGGCCUUUUUAAGGUCAUGCCACAGCAUCUCAAUCGGAUUCAGGUCAGGACUUUGACUAGGCCACUCCAAAGCCUUCAUUUUGUUUUUCUUCAGCCAUUCAGAGGUGGACUUGCUGGUGUGUUUUGGAUCGUUGUCCUGCUGCAGAACCCAAGUUCGUUUCAUCUUGAGGUCACGAACAGAUGGUCGGACAUUCUCCUUUAGGAUCUUUUGGUAGACAGCAAAAUUCAUAGUUCCAUUUAUCACAGCAAGUCUUCCAGGUCCUGACGCAGCAAAACAGCCCCAGACCAUCACACUACCACCACCAUAUUUUACUGUUGGUAUAAUGUUCUUUUUCUGGAAUGCAGUGUUUCUUUUACGCCAGAUGUACUGGGACACACACCUUCCCAAGAGUUCAACUUUUGUCUCAUCGGUACACAGAGUUUUUUCCCAAAAAUCUUGGGCAUCAUCAAGAUGUGUUCUGGAAAAGUUGAGACAAGCUUUAAUGUUCUUUUUGCUUAGCAGUGGUUUUCGUCUAGGAACUCUGCCAUGUAGACCAUUUUCCCCAGUCUCUUUCUGAUGGUGGAGUCAUCAACACUGACCUUAACUGAGGCAAGUGAUGCCUGCAGUUCUUUGGAUGUUGAUGUGGGAUCUUUUGUGACCUCUUGGAUGAGUCGUCGCAGUAAUUUUGGGUGGCCGGCCACUCCUGGGAAGGUUCACCACUGUUCCAUGUCUUUGCCAUUUGUGGACAAUGACUCUCACUGUGGUUCGCUGGAUUCCCAAAGCUUUGGAAAUGGCUUUAUAACCCUUUCCAGUCUGAUAGAACUGAAUCUGUUCCUGAAUUUCUUCUGGAUCUCGGCAUGUGUAGCUUUUAAGGAUCUUUAGGUGGACGUCACUUUGUUAGGCAGGUGCUAUUUAAGUGAUGUCUUGACUGAGAACAGGUGUGGCAAUAAUCAAGCCUGGGUGUGGCUAGAGACAGUAUACUCAGGUGUCAGAAACCACAGUAACGGUUAUGUUUCAUUUAAAAAUAGCAUUUUGUGUUUACCUGUGUUGUCUUUGACUAAUAUUUAAAUUUUGAUGUUCCAAAACAUUUAAGUGUGACAAACAUGCAAAAAAUCAGGAAAUCAAGAAGGGGGCAAACACUUUUUCACACCACUGUAUUUGAGUUAAAAGAUCAUAAUAAUAAUGUUACUAAUGUAUAAAACUAGUUUUAAUAGUCAGAAUUACAGUGUAGAAAUCUGGAAAAACAUUUUCUACUUGUAAAUACUGGAACUAUAGAUCAAAUCAAAUCAAAUUUAUUUGUAUAGCGCUUUUUACUGUUGUAACAAAGCAGCUUUACAGAAACAUGAUCACAGAACAAAGAAUCAGGCAAAACAUUAAACAUAGAAAAUACAGAAUACAGAACCCCUAGUGAGCGCAGAGGCAAGGGAAAUAGAUAAGAAAGAAAGAUAGAUCAAAAGAAAAAAAACAUUAAAAAUCAAUGUAAAUCAAUAGUAACAUAUGACCAAUAAAAAUAAGAUUAAGGAUGUUUGCCCUGGCAAUAUGCCUAAUAUAUAUAAUAUCUUUAUACAUCUGUAGAUCUGAUAUUAUAAUGAGUAAACAUUCCAGAACUGAAAUGAGAGUGUCUACUAAAAAGCAACAUUACAUAGAGCUUGAAUUUUAGUUCUAAAUGUUUAAAGUCUUAUCGCUGUUGUCAUGGUGGGCUAAAACGACUUGUAAUACGUAUACAUAGUGUAUAUUUAUAUGUGUGUGUUUGUGUGUGUGUGUAUGUGUGAGUGUAAGGUGAUGUACAUGUGCUUAGUGUUACUCAGUUUAGCAGAAUUGCUCCAAGAAUUGGAAGCGUUUACAGUUUAGGACUCCCCUGUACAGACACUCAAAAGUCCCCACUUGGAGGACAGUGGCGUUUACUGGGCAGUGUGGUUACUGAGCAACACGAAAGGAAAUCCCCACCCCUCGUUCUCUGAAGAUCAAUAUCAUGCACAUGAAAUUCACUCUUCGUAGGCACUUUCCCCGCCCAGCUCACCACAAGAAGAGUAAAUAAAGCAGUACAGGACGUCAGUGAAGCACGUAACUGAAGAGGAGCUGUUUUCCAUCCAGCUCGGCUUGAUCUGACGUGUAACUUGGAGUCCUGUUGUAGGCCUCAGUGACUCACUUGACAGCAUUUCCUCUUGCUUUUUAUUUUUUCAUUUUGUAAAUGCUGCCCUUUCGAUUAAAUCAGUGUCUGUAUACGCCCAUUUGAACAACGCAUUUUUUUUACUGUAUUUAUGUUUGUGUAUUUGUUUUGGGCUGUAAAACAAUCUGUAAAAUGUUCUCAUUAAUAAAAUACAGCUUUAAACCUU